AUGUCAUCCAACAAGACCUACCUCAUCACAGGUGCCAACCGAGGCAUCGGCAAGGGCUUCGUCUCCCUCCUCCUCCAGCGCCCCUCAACCACCAUCAUCGCCGGCGUCCGCGACCCCUCCAACGACUCUUCCAAGGCUCUUACCUCUCUCCCAAAGGGCGAAGGUUCCAAGCUCAUCCUCGUAAAGAUCGACUCCUCCGUCGAAUCCGACCCCGCCACCGCCAUCGAGCAAAUCCAACGGGAACACGGCAUCACCUCCCUCGACACCGUCAUCGCCAACGCAGGCAUCUCGCACUCCGCCGUGCACGUCCGAGACCUGACUUUCGACGCGGCGCUGGAGCAUUUCAAGGUGAACUCGGUCGCGCCUCUCGUCCUCUUCGGCGCCGCCGCCCCUCUCCUCAAGAACGGCAAGAACCCCACCUUCGUCGCCAUAUCUUCGGCCGUCGGCAGCAUCGCCGCGCAGGGCAACUUGUCUCAGCUGUUCCCGGGUGUGGGCCUGAGUCCCUACGGCGCCAGCAAGACCGCGCUGAACUACUUCAUGCAGAGGCUUUUCAUUGAAGAGCCGUGGUUGACUAGCUUCGUGUUCCACCCCGGCCUGGUUGAGACGGACAUGGGCUCUGGGCUGUCUAAGAAGACUGGCGUUGACAUGAAGAGCCUGGGUGCUAUUACUACUGAGCAGAGCGUCGAUGGGAUGGUAGCCGUUCUUGAUGGUGUUACGAAGGAGUUGAGUGGCAAGUUCAAGAACCACGAUGGAACCGAUCUGCCGUGGUAG